GCACAUUUGCUGGGGGGGGGGGCCAAAUUCUUUUGGGGAGCAGAAGGGAACUUUCUUUUUUGGGGAGGGGGAUCAGAGGGUGCCAUUGCAGAAGAGGCAGCAAAAAUUCGUGACCUUUUUGCCUUUUUAAUUUUUAGUCAUCACAGCCUUGGGCCCCCUCUCGCCCCAGCCAGCCUUGGCCUCGUCCAUGUAUGUCAUCAUCCUCGAUCACUUUAAAUGAUCAUGUCCUGCUCUCCUCUUCCUUCACCAAGCUUACCUCCCCAUAAGCACAUCUCUUCUCUAAACACAUAAUACAGAGAAAGAGUGAGAGAGAAAGGGCCGGCUGUCACAUGCAUAAAAUGGCCACAAACCAACCUUCAGUUAACCUGCAUGCAGAUGAAGACUAUAUUGAUAUGGAACUGAGCUCUUCUUCCAACUUCUUGUGUUACUUCAUCAGUUCCCCACCACAAACUAGAGAGUUUGAGUUCCAAAUGACUUCAAUGUCACGUGAGAGAGAAUCCACAACUUCCCCAGCUGAUGAGCUCUUCUACAAGGGAAAACUCCUUCCUCUUAACCUCCCUACUCGCUUACAAAUGGUUCGAAAAAUCCUUCAGAGCUCUAGCACAGAUAUUGAACCCAAAACAGAAGAAGCCUUAGAAGAAAAGUACUAUAGCAGUCCUUUUAUCGCUAGUACUGGCCCCAGUACUGCAGAUUCUACCAAUAGCAGUACUCCACUUGACUCACAGUCUUGCCGGUUUAGUAGUGAAGUAAGCCCAGAUGAGUGCUUCUUAGAAUGGUCUAUUGAAAAAAGAGAAUUCAUUGGCAGUCAUCCAAAGAAGUCUUGGGCCAAGAAGCUCAAGCAAAUCAAGCAAUUUGCACUAGGUCAAAAACUCAAGGCUUCAAGUUCAUAUCUCAAGACUUUGUUCAGCAAAUCUGGUUGUUCAGAUGCAUCAUCCAGUGCCAAGGCAGCAUGCACUCCAGAAGCAAAAACUGCCUCAAGGGGUAAGGAUUGUCUAAAUAAGUUUGUGAAGGUCCCCAAGAAAAACCCAUUCGGAAAACUUGAUAGGGAGAAAUACCAGAUAUCGUCCACUUGGAUGAAGAGCACUGAUGGAGAGAUGCUAGGGAAUCGAACUGUUUGCAGCCACAGGAGGUCUUUUUCUGGGGUUAUUCAACUGCGUUCUGACACCAAGUCAUGGUCUUCGUCUACAUCUUCUUCUGGUUCUUCAUCCUUUUCAUUCGGUUCAAGUGGAUUUAAUGAUUUACAGCUGCUCAAGAGGCUCAAUUGCAGCAUGGACUCACAGCUUGAGAGUUCAAUAGAUGGAGCAAUCGCUCACUGUAAACAGUCUCAGCAGCUAUUUAGUUCUUCAAAGGUUGUUAGUGAUGUUGCUUCAAAGAAUGAAUUGUGUUGGGAUCAAGAAAGGAGAGGACUUUGCAUCAUCUGAUGGAAACUGGGGAAAAGCUCAUGACAGAGACAUUUUCUGAAUGUAAUAUUGUGACGUUCGGAUUAGAUGGUUGGUUUCAAUGGACUAUCAGAAUAGUUAAAUUAACGGGUGAAAGGCUAGAGUUUCUUAUUAAUUUAAUUAUAAAGUAACUUUAAUGGGAAAAAUCCUUUUCUGCUGAAUUCAUAU